AUGAAUUCGCGCCGCCCUCCUGAGGGGCCCCCCAGCGAGGGGCCCCCAGAAAGCACGGCUUCGUCUACUGCAACAGCAGCAGCAGCAAAUGCCGCAGCAGCAGAAGGAGGACCUCCAGCAGCACGCAGAUCGGGCUGCUUGGGGUUGCGCUUUAACGACACCCCUCUAAUCGUUGGCGAAUCCUCAAGGGGGGCCCCCAAGGGGGGGGCCCUUAAGGGGAGCCUCAAGGGGGCCCCCAAGAGUAGCUUAAGGACCCAGGGGAGUGAAGGAGACGGGGCCCCAUUGGGGCGCCCAUCUCCUGGCCGCCGCACGCGUUCGGAGGGUUUUGAAUUGCCGCUGCUGCUCCUACAUGGGGGGGCCCCCAGGGGGCCCCAAGGGUCCCUGAAUAACCUGGGUACCCCCCCUGUAGAUGAGGAUUGGCAAGCAGAAGUUUCUGCAUCUGUUGCUGCUGCAUUUCGUGACAUGCGUGGCAGUAUGUUCUUAGGUAGCGGCAGCAGCAGCAGCAGCAGCAGGUCCUCUCUCCUUCGUGGUGGGGCCCCCAGGGGCCCUCACAGGUCCCCCCGUACCCCUAGGGUGGGCCCUCGUUCAGCUAGAAGGACAGCAGAAAGCCCUUCUUCUUCGGGUGCAAGUAUAACACCAACAAGCAGCAAUCAUCAGACCCCUAGGGGCUCCCAAGGGGUACAAGAAAGGGUACGGGGUACGGAUACCCCUACCUCGGAGGAGGGGCCCCCAGGGGGCUCUCUUGAGAUGGGGGGGCCCUCAGAGGGUCUUGAGGGGUCGGGGCCCCCCACUACUUAUAGUGAGGGUAUAGAGCCGACACUUGAAGGAGAAGAACAACGAGAGGGGGGGCCCCCGAUGCAGGCGGGGGGGGCCCCUGAGGGUGCAGGAGACCUACAGUCCGAGUUUCUUGCUGCUUAUGCCAUGAUGCCUUCCCCAGGUCCUGCUGCAGCAGAUGCAGCAGCAGCAGCAGCAGACUCAGAUACAUCAGCAGCAGCAGAUGCUGCUGCUGAUAUGGCUACAGACGCAGCGGCAUCAGACGCAGGAGCAUCAGAUGCAGCAGCAGCAGCAGCAGCAGCAGCAGCACCAGACACUCUGCCAGCUGAAGCCCCACAUAGGGGGGGAUCCAGGGCAGCAGCAGCAGCAACAACAGCAGCAGCAACAACAACAGCAGCAGCAUCAGCAGCAACAGAUAUAUCUUCUUCCUGCUGCACUCCUCAAUCAGAACCUGCUGCUAAGGAGGGGCCCCCUGAGGACCUGCAGGGGCCCCCAACCCCUACAUCUACGGGGCGCCCAGAGGUACCCAAAUCUCCUGUAACCAGAUGGAGCCGUAGCCUAUUUAGACGAUCUGGUGGUUCUUCUGGUCUUCUUAGCAGCAGACACUCAGUAGAAAGAUCCGUCACUACUAUUAGCUCGGCAACACAAAGCAAAAGCUUGUUGGGGUCUGAGCGCGCCAAUGCGGACGGCCAGGCAUUGUCCCCCGUGUGGUGUGUGCGCGAGGUUGAAACAGGCGACAGUGCAGCACUAUGGUCUGCAACAAUUUCCCCAAAGGGCGAAUGGUUAGCAGCAGCAGGACAAACGGGUGUUGUAUUUCUUUGGUCUGUACCGGGUCCAAGGGCCCCCCCUGCUCCUCGUGGGGGCCCCCAUGGGGCCCCUGGGGCCCACCCGAAAAAGGGAACUGGUUCAAACCCUCGUCAGUCUAAGGAAUCAAUUCCUCGCGUAUUAUCAGCACCAGCAGAGGGGGGCCUCGGGGGCCCCCCUCCCCAAUCAGGCCGUGGUCCUCCCCCUCCAUCAAUGUUAAGGGGUGUGGGGGCCCCAUCAGGGGCCCCCACAACCCCAUCUGGGGGCCCCCCUGGGGCCCCCCCACCAACCCCAACUCCUCCUCCAAGUAACGAAGAACGUGAUGGAUGGUUUUUAAGGGAAAGACCUGAUUUAUGUCUAACAGGACAUGGGGCCUCUAUUAUACUCCUUUGUUGGGCCCCUACCCUCAAGCUUUCUCUCCUCUUGUCUGCCUCCCUUGAUAAGACUAUUCGUCUAUGGAGGCCCUCUAAGGGCCCCAAUGCUAUUGCUGUAUUAAGAUGUACAGAUUGGCCAACUAGUGCUUCCUUUCAUCCUAUAUUUAAGGAUGUUAUAUUCACCGGGUGUCUAGACGCCACCAUUCAGGUCUGGCGGCUUCUCUCUACAAGGACACAUGGGGGCCCCCGGGGGGCCCCCGAACAGUUUGAGUCCCGUAUUGUUGAGUACCUUAAAGUACCCGAGCUAGUCACUGCUCUCUCUAUUUCCCCAAAUGGCGGCAUCUUGGCUGUUGGCUUCCGCAACGGCAGCAUUUCCUUCUAUGACGCAAGGACGCUGAAGUUUUGCUCGGAAGUUGACUGCAAAAACCGAAAGGGGAAAUUUUCAAAGGGGAGGAAGGUGACGAGCUUGGAGUGGCUGCCUGACGGGCGGUCUUUGCUUGUUGCCACCAACGACUCCCGCAUCCGCAUCUUCGAUGUUUCCAGCCUGACUUGCGUCUACAAAUUCAAAGGUCACGUUAACUCGCAAAUUAUGCUGAGAGCCAGCUACACGAACAAUGGUCUAGGGGUGGUUUGUGGUAGCGAGAUGGGAAGAAUUUGUUUUUGGAGAGUUGCAGGACCAACAGGGGAAGUGCUUGGUGAACACAGGACGCGAUUCCAACAAUGGAAGCGAGUUACCAACAAUUGUCCUGAAGAGUUUAAGGCAUUUGAUGAAUUAUUAACAUUUGCUGUUGCUGCACCUCCUGCCUUCGCCUCUUCUCUUUUUUCUUAUUUAUCUGUUCAUCCUCUUCCCUCUAGGGGAGGAACUAAACCCUCACCUAGGGUUUAUCCUUUAUCUCCUUCUUCUUCCCCAUCUAACCGUCAGCAGCAGCAGCAGCAGCAGCAACCACAACAACAGGAACAACAACAGGAACAACAAGAGCAGCAACAGCCAGAGCAGCAGCAACAGCAGCAGCAACAGCAGCAGCAGCAGCAGCAGCAGCAGAGGUCGGGUAUAAGCAGCAUAUGCGGUAGUCCUCCUAUAAGAAGUUUAUCUGCAGCAGCAAACAUAAAAACAAAUAAGAUAAGGCAAUUCUUAUCAUUAAGGAGAACAAGAGGGGGCCCCCUUCGUUUCUCUCCUGCUGCAGCAGCAGCAGCAGCAGCAGCAACAACAGGAACAGUAACAGCAACAACAUCAGCACCUCCAACAGCAACAACAGCAGCAGCAGCAACAGCAGCAGCAUUAGCAGCAAGAACAACAAGUUCCCUCUCCUCUGCUACUGCAUGCAGUAACACAGAAUCUAUAGGAGUACAAUCUUCUUCUUCUUCCUCUUCUUCUUCCUCUGCAGCAGCAGGCGGUGCCUCCUCCUCUUCCUCCUCUGCUGCUGCAACAACAACAAGAACAGCAGCAGCAGCAGCAGCAGCAGCAGCAGCAGAUGCUGCAUGCGAUUCAGACGAUAGCGACAUAUGUGCUGCCUCUCUUGCUGCACUAAGUGUUGCAGAUUCAUUAGGAGAGAAAGGAGGAGGGUUUAAGUCUUAUAAUGAUGAUAGAUCUUUUUGUUGGAGGGCAGGAAAAAGAAUGCAUCUUGGUCUACCCAUCAAUUGUUAUCAAUUAUGUAAACAAAGGUCGGAUGCUGCAAACUUGGUGGUGGUUGCCGGCAGCUACACGGGGAAGAUAAGAGUGUUUGUGAAUUUAGCGGGAAGAGAUGCCGUUACGAGGUGGUGCAACUAA